UAUGGCGUUUGUUGGGUAGAUAAAAACUGUUACCAGUCUAAAACAGCUGUGCUUUAAAAAUGGCGGUGAUAUUGGAACACAUUUUGUCAACAAAAUUGUCAAUACAAGAAGUGUUGGAGUGGUCAGUCGAAGGGAAGGUUGAAGUGAGUAACUCUGGAUUUGCAGACUUGUUGAGGGAUACCAAACUGCAAACAGAAUUUCUACCAUUCUUCAUCAAUAGCUUGCGGGAUCAGACAGCCCACUUAGUAUGCAGGGGAUCAUCUGCUGUGUCUUCCCCAGCGAGGACGCCAAGCAGCUUACAAAAACUAAAAAGAGCCAAUCAGACACGCCCUCAGCGCAGUGGAGGUUCAAAGGUCAAUCGUACACAGCUGUUUGCUGCUGAUAACAGCAAGUCCAGCUGGUCAGACAAAGACUUUACACCCGUUUCAAGACUAACAGCAGUAGAGCAGUCGCCGCACACUCCAUCGUCAUCUAAGACAAAUGGAAGACACGGAAGAAAUGUGUCUUGGAGUGGUGGUGGCGGUGAUGCUGGCUCCAGCUCCAGGAGGAAGACUCCCGGAUCAGGAUCUAGGAAGGAUGAAUCCAUAACGCUGGCUCAGUUCUUGGUGACUCCCGAAAGCCAGUCAAGAGGAAAGGGCAGAAAGAGUCCUUUUGAAGACUCUAACUGUGAUAGCUCAUCGUCACAUAAAAGCUCAUCCAGUAGACGUCGCUCAGGAGGUAAAGGAAAGCAAACGGGACAGAAUGAGAGCGGUGGCUCGAAAGGACAGCAUAAAUUGAAAUACAUUGACAAACCUGUGUUUGACUUGGAAAAUGCCCAAGAAUUCCCUCCAAUGGGUGUACCAAGAACUAUUACCCCAAGGAGGAUAACUCCAACUGCAGUAUCUUCCAGUAGUGGAGGCAGCCGGAGAGUCACCACACUGCUGUCCCCAGCCCCUUCUUGCCAGGGUCAAAAUCAGGAAACCAAUGCCUUCAAUCCCCCUGUAAACCAGACUGCAGCAACCAAGAGAGACACUCAUGAGUUGAAAAAAUCUUUGGAAAACGAGAGGGAGUUGCUUAAGCAAGAAAAAAUGAAACAGAAAAAUCAGCCAGAAUGUAGUCCAUUCUCUCAAAAUGCAUUAGGACAGUCACCAAGAGGAAUGUCUGUAUUGCAAUCUCCAAAGGGUAUGACUCUAGCUCAUACCCCGACUAAGCUUCUGCGCAGUAAUUCAGUUUCAAGCAUAACUGAGGCAAUACUACCUGAUGUGGAAAAAGUAACAGGGCAUGACAAACUGGAUCUCAUAGCAGAGCUCUAUGCAUCAUUUCUACAAGAGAGCCUUGUUCCCAAUUUGUCUGUGGAGUUGUACUUCCUGAUUCAGCUGUUGACUGCUAAAGGUAGCAAGCUUGAUGAGGAUGAGGGAAUACAUUCACUGGAAGAGGACAUUGAAGACAUCAAUUAUCUCUCAACAAUCCACAACUGUGUUUACUUUGCUGCAUCAGUGCUCAGCAGGCUGGUUGUAGUGUUAUCUCUGCUGGAUAAGAGCACCUUACGCCUCCUGGCGGACAACCAAGUGGUCUCUCAGUUCAAUCCCGAGCUGAAGACCAGGCUUGAACAGGUCACCAAUCAUUGCCCAACGGAGUCUGGUCUUCAGGCUGCCAUUACAUCUCCCAUGCAGGUUGUCCCGUUCUUGGCAGAUACCGACAACAGGCAGAACUUUCCAAGUGACACUUCAUUCCACAGUUUCAAGAAACAGAGAGAUGGUUUCUAUAGUCUGAUACGAGACUGGGAAGAUAAUCGCAGUAAACCUGGCUGGAAGAUGCAGGAGAAACUAACCCACAGGAUCAGGGAUUUAAUGAAGCACAUGGAUGUGACAAACUACACCCACUUCUCAAGACUGUUCCAGUCACAACUGAUCAAGAUGUGCCAAGGUGAUAGCUCAGUGGUUGAUAGUGGAGAUUCUCAGGAAUUUAGCUUCAUCCAGCAGCUGAGACGGACGAAUCCAGGAAAGUUUAAAAGAUUGGAGGAGCGUUUUUCAACUCCAGCUUCAUCCGGUGGUCCAUGCCCUCCUCCUUCGUUCCAUGGAUGUCAGGAAUUCUUUAGAGAUUUCAUCCUAGCUACAAACAGUUACAUAUUCAACCAGCAUUUGACGGACAGCUUUGCUACCAAGCUCAUUGAGCUUAACGAUUUACAGUUGCCAAUCACUGAUCAGGUUGAUAUGACUUCUGUUGUUGAUGCGGAGGUAAGGGAAAGCUUCAGUUCAUGUCUCCUAGCCCUGAGGGUCUUGUCCAAGUUCCUGGGAUUUCUAGUCUUUCUACCUUACCAGGGUGACAAUAAUCUUCCUGAUAUCAUGAAGGAUAAUGUUAUCAUGAUGAGGAGUAGGGCAUCUCUUCCCGUGGACAUUCUUGGAUGUUUGUCUGCAUCAGAAACCAACCAGCGUCUGAUCCUGACCUUGCCCUGGGUUGUAGAGUAUCUUAGUAUGAUAGAUGGGCUGGCCUCUCAAAUACCAGUUUAUUAUCAAACACUCAGUUUAUUGGGGGAUAUUCACAGGAGGGUGUCUGUGCAAUGGUCUGAGACUCCUAGCAACCAUAAUUCACUUCUUAUCUUGCUUCUCUUGGGAUGGCUGUUCGAGAACCCAGCUCUACCAAGCAAUCUACAUCUGACGAGUGGUGUGAGCGUUGAGAGGGGUAGCCAUAAUAAUAAACCAGGAUCUGACCAAUCUUUAGACCCCCUUCCUCUGGUGGAUAGGCUGGUUCUCUAUACAUGCUGCCCUUUCCUAGGUGAUUUAAGAGGACUGUUAUCCGAGGCUAGUAUGGGGGUGAACAACAGGAAUGCUCCGGUCAAGAAGAUUACUCCUGUAGCAGUGGAUGCACCUCAGACUGCCAUUAUCACUCAGCACCAAAUACAGGUGGAACUUGAGAAGAACUUCUUCCACAUCCACUCCGCUUCCCUCAAGAAGAGCGUGGAGUUUGUGAGCGGCAGGGUCGCCUCCAACUGCAUCAAGUCCAUCGAUGGCUCACUAGUCUCUGCAGCCAGGCUCCAGAUUCCAAAGCUACUCACUGAAGUGCUGGUCUCGUCCAGCAGCAGCAAGAAAGAGGCUGGGGCUCUCACAGCCAAGGCUAAGGGAGUUGGAGAGAAGCUGAGCCUGGAGACGGCAGAGCUUGCCAGGAAAGAAGCCAAGGAGUUUAUCAAGAAGAAGUGUAGGUCAGCUCUUGAUGUGUUAUUACCGUGUGAGACAUCUGAGACAGUCCUGGACACUGCUUGUGCUAUCACCACUAGACUUGCCUUAGAACGAACAGAGAAAUGGAUCACAACACAAAUACCUAGUGCAUUACAACAGGAGGUGACAUUGCAGCUACCCAAGUGCCUGAGAGCUCAGAGCACUCAACAGAUGAAGAAAGAAUCAACCAGUAGGAAAAUACCAGACAAGCCAGCCAUGCACGACAGACAGGGGGCUUGUCCUUCAACCGUCAUUCAAGAACUCAAGGACGGUCUUCAUAGAAUUUUAAUUGGAGACACCGAUGGAAACACAGCAGAGGGCAUCUGUUCAUCCAUCAAUAACGUUCAUAUGAUGAUCAACAACAGACAGGACCUAACACCAUUGGCUUACCAGUCCAUCCACCAACUCACCAUAGAGCUGUGUGUAAGCCUGGCUAUGAGACAACCAACUCUGCUUCAGACCUCUGUCUGUACCUCACCUACAAUCUCCAAAGGGCAAAGGUCCAUCGUUCUACCACAGGACAGUAAUACACACGGCAAGAACUGUAGCAGCAGCUUACACAAUACAGAGAAUGGCAAACACCAAGACAAGAACUUGAUAUGUUCAACACAGGGAGUAGUUGAAGAUGGAGAGGAGCAGUGCAAUAACCAAGAGAGUGGUUUACACUCACAUCUUGGGAGAUAUGGACAAGAACUUCAGUGCAAUACAAAGGGAGGACAGGGUACAGAGGAAGGAGCAUUCACCACUCCUGUUCAUAAACAUGCAUGGAAUGGUGACCAAGGUGAAAGAGAUGUAACUAAUGCAGAACAGACAGAAGGAGAUGUGACUUUACACCGGUCUAAUACGGAUACACUCUUAGAGAGACUGAUGGGUUUGUGGAGGAAUGUUUUUUCUUUGAGUAUUCCACCUGGAGCUCUGUUGAGUGCAAGGACAGCAUGGAUGAUAUCACACAGUCAUAACCCACAGGUUUCUUGGCAGUGUCUCAUCCAUAUAGUGAAGUCCCUUCUCGCAUGCAAUCUGGUCAGCAUUGGGGCUGUCCAAUCAGCUUUGAGCAAGAUGAUGAUGUCAUCAUACAUUCCACCAAUUACAGAGGAUGUAGCAAGAAGCCUAUUACCUCUGGUCACAGAUAAUGAAAUAGGUGCAGAUCAGAAUGCAUUGGACUUGCUGCAUGCAGUUUGCUCUGAAGCAAGGGAGAACGAAGAUGCCUAUAGCUGAUGAAUGUCAGAAACUGUAUGCUCCAUGUGCUAAAUCCUGUCUUGGGAUUACAUUCGGUUCUCUUCAUUCAUGGAUUGGUAUUUUUUUACAGACUUAUCACUUCUGGUUUCAGACAAUCUAUCUUCAUCAUUAACCAGGGAUAGUAUAUGACUUAUAUCUCUGUCACAGCAUUCAGUAUACUUUCAUUCAAUCAUUUUCUUGGUAUUCACUUUUCCAUUAAUUUAUGUAGUUGUACGACACAUGCUCUACCAAAAAUUGCCCUAUUGUCAAUUUCCUUAACUAACAUCAAAUUAAACAAACUAAAGUAAACUAAACUUUAACCCAAUCGCAUGUUCGACUGUAACUCCAAACCAAUAUCUUUGGAAAAAUAUUGCACAGAAAAAAUGGCGGAUCACUAUUAGUGAUCUGAUCUGGCUACGAUUUUAGAAGUAAAUAAUAUUCAUUUCGUCCUUAUAUAAGAGAAUAAUACUGGAACACGCUUCAUUUUUCAUGCUGGGAAGAUUUAAAAUAAUAUAUUAUUUCAAGUGUCUCAUCUCCAAACUUAAGAACAGUCUGUAAAUGUUAAAGUAAUAGUCUGUUGGUGCACAUGUAGCCAAGCCUUUAUACAAUUGUAUAUCUUUCCCAAACUAUGUACAUUCCAGCUUUAAUUAUCAAUGGAACAAUUUCGUUUAUUUUUCUUCUUUUUCAAGAGUUAUAAUUAAUACUUACAGAUUGUCUACUAUUGGUAUUAAGUGCCAAUGACGUUCUGCACUAUUAUAUGUAUAGAAUUUUUUAUUUGGGUACAAUUUUCAUAGAUGACCAAUAUCAAUGUAGAUUGAAUUUCACUGUGCCAUGUUUUGCUAUUUAUAUUCAAGGUAUUGUGAUGAUGAUAAUAUAAUGAAUAAAUAAGUAUUAAAUUUCCCAUCUUAUGUUAAAUUUAUUCUCAAGUUAUUAAAGACAUUUAUUUAUAUGUGCCUCCAAAAUUAAGUUACUUGGAUUACAUUAAAGUUAGAUGCUGCAAAUAAGUAUCGGCUUGUAUGGUGAUGUAGAUAUACAGUAGGCUUACAGUUGCAAUAUAGGCCUAGGUCUUCAAUUAUCAACAAAACAGACAUCAUCACCCCUGCUAGAUUAUACCAACUUGGAAGAACAUAUUAAUUGUCCUUUAAACAAGUAUUCUCCACUGAAGUCACAAUUAUUAUAUACCGUAUUUUGAUAUUUAGACAUUUGAAAUGUUUUUAAUGUGAAUUACAUGUACAUAAAUAUUAUCACUUAAUGUGUGCUAACUCAAGAAAUGGAAGGGGGCAUUACUUAUGCAAAAGUAAGAAAAGUGGGAGAAGUGCCCAUUGAAUAAAAUAAAAGUAUAUUGUAGUAAUAUGAAAUAGAGAUAUUUAGCAUAUUAUAUACCAUAAUAUUGUUAUGCUUGGUAAACAUAAGAAUGACUUUGGGUUAAAGUUCAUGUCGCCCAGUUACCACAUAUUCUUUACAAAUAUGAAUGCAUGUAUGUUUACUGUAUUAUUGUAUCUGCUUCUUUAUGAGAGGAUAGAAGCAUUAAAGGCCUUUUUCAUCAUUAUGUACUACUAAAUAGAGAGAGAGAAAAUGAGUGAAUUUUAUAGUUUCAAUUUAAGAUCAUAAAGUAUAUGUACGAAUGCAUUGUAUUUUUCAUUGAUAAAUAAAUAACAGUACUCGAGCAAUAGAAAAUAAAAACUUCCAUGAAGACAUUAAAA